GCCUGCGACGCCGACGUCGAUCGCUCACUCCCGCGCGCGCGUGCGCAGAUUUUUUUGGAUCCAGGCUGCCCGAGUGCGCGCAGCGGGGGCUUCUUACGGCCGAAGGGGCACCGCCCGACCGUCUGCGAGAUUCCGGUUAUGGCCGGCGAGCCGCCGAAGAAGUCCAAGCGUGCCAAGGGGGACGAAGGCGUGGAUACGGCGCAGAUGAACGACUUCAUUUCGGGCCUCAUCUACGGCAGGAUCCUCAAUGGCAUGUGCAUCACCAUGAUAUUCGGUAAUUUUUACUAUGCCUGGAUGGCGAUUCGCAUGAUGAGGGUAGACGGCCGGAGCGACCACAUGUGCAUGCCGUACGGCGUCAACACUGCUGCAGCAUUUGCGUUCGUCUACAACAUCAUGGCCGUGGCUGCACGCGAUGCUAAGGAGGCUGGCAUGGAAUGGGAGGAAGGCAUCAAUUACGCUUGGAAGGUGACCACCGUGGCGAACCUUGCCGCUGGAUUCAUUGCUGCCUUGGUCGGGUUCGCUGGCCCGGCCAUCAUGAAGGUGGCCCCGAAACCAGCGCUGCUGAUCGCAUUAGCUGGCGUCGGCCUGACGCACUUGGGCAUCGCCCAGCUGAUGAAGGUCUUCGCCGCGGGGCACUUGGGCUUUGUGCCACUGGCCACUGCGGUGUUGGGUUACUUCGUCGGGGUCAAGUUCUACCCGAUUCCAAACGCAGUCAUGAUCAUGUUGGCUGGCGCCUUCAUGGGAUGGGUGUUCAGCUCAGGGUGGCCAGAGGACAAGGUCGACAAGGAUGGCGGCACUUGGGAGUCGGUCAAGAAUGCCGCCUCGAUCUUCCGUUUCUAUACGCCUAGGCUUUUGGAUACGCAGGCCUUCUUUGAGAUACCAGAGGUGGCACUGGAAAACAUUUCGGUCAUUCUGCCUGUAGCCUUUGUCGGCGCUAUCAACACAUUGGUGUCUGUGUACAAUGCGCACGAGGCGGGUGACCCGUACAGCGUGAAGGAGACGCUGGUCGUCGAUGGAUGCACGACGAUGGUGUCCGCUUUGUUUGGGUCCCCUUUCGGCACGUGCGUUUUCUGCAGCCACAAGCCACUCAAGCGCGCGGGAGGGACAAUAUAUUCAAUCUUAUUCUUUCUUCAACUGCGCGCUGUUCUGCUUCAUGUGCGUUACCGGGCAGUUCUCGAUGGUGGCCGCGCUCGUCCCUCCGUAUGCCAUCGCGCCGAUCGUGCUGUUCAUUGGGCUCGCGAUCAACCAGGACACGUUCGGCAACAUCGAGAAUCGGCACCUCCCUGCAGCUAUCAUCGGACUCAUAUGCCAGCCAUCGCAGACUGGGCGAACUCUCAGAUGCCUCCAGGGGCAGGGAGUCCCUCGCUGAUGGCUCUCGGCUAUGGCUCCCUGCUAUCUGCGAUCAUCCUGACAGCAAUGGUCGUCUUCGCCAUCAAUGCCAAUUUCAUGCAGUGUUCGAUUUGGGCGCUUGUGGGAGCGUUCUUGUCGACCUUCGGUAUUGUCCACCAACCUCGUGCGGAUCUUACGUUUCAGAAUUUCACAGGCACUAAGGGUGCAUUCGGCGUCUCGCAGGCGGCCUUCAUGAUUGGCUAUCUCAGCUUGGCUGCCGUGUUCGCAGUGUUGGGCACGUCGCAGCGCAUGGGCGUCUCACGUGUGCCAAAGAAGAAGUUUGAUGCGAAUGAAAAGGAGACUCAGGAAGAGAUUGCCAUGGACAUGGUCAGGGUGAAUACUCAGAAUGAGAUCUGGAAUGCGCUCAACGACGCUAAUCCCACGAUGGCAAGAGAUAAGAGCGAGACGAUUCACGAAAGCUUCGAAGACGGCGAAGGUGGGAGCAGCAGUGACGAUGCGAGCAGCAGCGACUGAUGGCAGCGACGGUGCUGGCAGUGGCCGAUGCCCACACGACAGCAGGCCUCUGCAUGGCAUCACCGAACGCGCUUCGGGGUAGAGCCUCCUACAUGCGAAGACCAGGAACAAAAACGCCCCCUCCUGGCGGUACAUCUGGCUCGUAAGUCCAAUAAUCCUCGCGGACCUCCACCAUGCCUUUUUCUUUUUACAUGGACACAACCUCGGGGUAGAGCCUCUGAGAUGUCCGAAUUAGUUUGUAGUGCAAGUUCGGGGGCAGGGACGUCGCGAUGAGAAGGCACAAGAUCGGACGCAGUGCCAGGCCAAUCAUUUUUGACCUCAUACGGGACAGAUCUUUCAGUGCAGGACGUGCACGAUGAUUCGGCGACAGGCUUGAAUCCUGAGUGUACUUCUGGCGUGCCUAAUACAUUUUUUGUGAGACCGUUUCUUUGCCUCAUAUCUAAAUGUAUAGAUUAGUCCUGCAUUUUGUGGAGCGGCAGGUGUUUCGAAACACCUGGACCAGACCAGGUGCUCCGCGGACUGCAGGCAUGGGGCAGUGUAAAUCUUUUCCCUCUUGCAACAAGAAAGGAGGGCACGAAAAGACAAGCCACGCACGCGCGGGCCGAUGAAAUAGCGGCCGCGCGCGCAGACGGACCAAGAGAAGGAAACACGCGGGCAAGCAGCCGUCCAGACCGCUUCGCUGGCAUGAGGUAUGCUGUGUCUAGACUUGCAGAUCCGAGCAUACAGUCAGGACGCCGAGAUAACGAC